AAUAUAAAAGAAUGGCAAGUCCUCUACCUCCCUAUCCUAAAUCACGCACAGGGGAGAAGUUGCAUCAGUGUAUGGAAUGUGGGAAACAAUUUGAUUGGAAAAGUUCUCUUACUAGACAUGAACGGACCCACACAGGGGAGAAGCCCUAUAAAUGCAUGGAAUGUGGAGGAAGCUUCAGUCAGAGUGGCAGUCUACGUUCCCAUCAAAGGACCCACAUAGGGGAGAAGCCAUAUAAAUGCAUGGAAUGUGGAGAAAGCUUCAGUUGGAGUGGCAGUCUACGUUCCCAUCAAAGGACCCACACAGGGGAGAAGCCACAUAAAUGCAUGGAAUGUGGAGAAAGCUUCAGUCGCAGUGGCAGUCUACGUUCCCAUCAAAGGACCCACACAGGGGAGAAGCCACAUAAAUGCAUAGAAUGUGGAGAAAGCUUCAGUCGCAGUGCCAAUCUACGUUCCCAUCAAAGGACCCACACAGGGGAGAAGCCUUACAAAUGCAUGGAAUGUGGGAAGAGCUUCAGUCAGAGUUGCAAUCUACGUACCCAUCAAAGGACCCACACAGGGGAGAAGCCAUAUAAAUGCAUGGAAUGUGGAGAAAGCUUCAGUUUGAGUGGCAGUCUACGUUCCCAUCAAAGGUCCCACACAGGGGAGAAGCCACAUAAAUGCAUGGAAUGUGGAAAGAGCUUCAGUCGGAGUGACAGUCUACGUACCCAUCAAAGGACCCACACAGGGGAGAAGCCAUAUAAAUGUAUGGAAUGUGGAGGAAGCUUCAGUCAGAGUGGCCGUCUACGUUCCCAUCAAAGGACCCACACAGGGGAGAAGCCCUAUAAAUGCAUGGAAUGUGGAAAGAGCUUCUGUCAGAGAAGCGGUCUAUGUUCUCAUAAAAUGACCCACACGGGGGAGAAGCCCUAUCAGUGUGUGGAAUGUGGGAAACAAUUUGAUAGGAAACGUUCUCUUACUGUACAUGAACGGACCCACACAGGGGAGAAGCCCUAUAAAUGCAUGGAAUGUGGAGAAAGUUUCAGUUACAGUGGCAGUCUACGUUCCCAUCAAAGGACCCAUACAGGGGAGAAGCCAUAUAAAUGCAUGGAAUGUGGAGGAAGCUUCAGUCACAGUAGCAAUCUACGUUCCCAUCAAAGGACCCACACAGGGGAGAAGCCAUAUAAAUGCAUGGAAUGUGGAAAGAGCUUCAGUCAGAGUUGCCAUCUACGUUCCCAUCAAAUGACCCACACAGGGGAGAAGCCACAUAAAUGCAUUGAAUGUGGAGAAAGCUUCAGUCACAGUGGCAGUCUACGUUCCCAUCAAAGGACCCAUACAGGGGAGAAGCCAUAUGAAUGCAUAGAAUGUGGAGAAAGCUUCACUCACAGUGGCAGUCUACAUUCCCAUCAAAGGACCCACACAGGGGAGAAGCCAUAUAAAUGCAUGGAAUGUGGAAAGAGCUUCAGUCAGAGUUGCCAUCUGCGUACCCAUCAAAAGACCCACACAGGGGAGAAGCCACAUAAAUGCAUGGAAUGUGGAGAAAGCUUCAGUCACAGUGGAAGUCUACGUUCCCAUCAAAGGACCCACACAGGGGAGAAGCCAUAUAAAUGCAUGGAAUGUGGAGAAAGUUUCAGUCAGAGUUGCAAUCUGCGUACCCAUCAAAGGACCCACACAGGGGAGAAGCCAUAUAAAUGCAUGGAAUGUGGAAAGAGCUUCAGUCAGCGUUGCAGUCUGCGUACCCAUCAAAAGACCCACACAGGGGAGAAGCCACAUAAAUGCAUGGAAUGUGGAGAAAGCUUCAGUCACAGUGGCAGUCUACGUUCCCAUCAAAGGACCCACACAGGGGAGAAGCCAUAUAAAUGCAUGGAAUGUGGAAAAAGCUUCAGUCAGAGUUGCAGUCUGCAUACCCAUCAAAGGACCCACACAGGGGAGAAGCCACAUAAAUGCAUGGACUGUGGAAAAAGCUUCAGUCACAGUGGAAGUCUACAUUCCCAUCAAAGGACCCACACAGGGGAGAAGCCAUAUAAAUGCAUGGAAUGUGGAAAGAGCUUCACUCAGAGUUGCAGUCUGCGUACUCAUCAAAAGACCCACACAGGGGAGAAGCCACAUAAAUGCAUGGACUGUGGAGAAAGCUUCAGUCAUAGUGGAAGUCUACGUUCCCAUCAAAGGACCCACACGGGGGAGAAGCCACAUAAAUGCAUGGAAUGUGGAAAGAGCUUCAGUCAGAGUGGACAUCUACGUUCCCAUCAAAGGACCCACACAGGGGAGAAGCCACAUAAAUGCAUGGAAUGUGGAGAAAGCUUCAGUCACAGUGGCAGUCUACGUUCCCAUCAAAUGACCCACACAGGGGAGAAGCCAUAUAAAUGCAUGGAAUGUGGAGAAAGCUUCAGUCGCAGUGGCAGUCUACAUUCCCAUCAAAGGACCCACACAGGGGAGAAGCCACAUAAAUGCAUGGAAUGUGGAGAAAGCUUCAGUCACAGUGGAAGGCUACGUUCCCAUCAAAGGACCCACACAGGGGAGAAGCCAUAUAAAUGCAUGGAAUGUGGAAAGAGCUUCAAUCAGAGUUGCAAUCUGCGUACCCAUCAAAAGACCCACACAGGGGGAGAAGCCACAGAAAUGCCUAGAAUGUGGAGAAAGCUUCAGUCGCAGUGAUAAUCUACGUUCCCAUCAAGGGACCCACACAGGAGAAAUCACCUUAAUGCACGGAAUAUGAAAAGUGCUUUAGAGAAAGAUAAGCAUACAUUA